AUGCGCAGCAGGCAUGUCGCCAGUGUCUUGGUGCUCUGUUGUGCUGCAGCGUCUACAGCCUACAAAAUCACCAAGUACGACCCUCUAGUGAAGACCAAAUCCGGCCUUGUUCGGGGUUACCGGCAAGAUGUGUUCGGACUCAGCAUCGACGCAUUCCUCGGGGUUCCUUUCGCAGAGCCUCCUGUGGGGGCUCUUCGAUUUAAACCGCCAGUACCCGCCAAGCCCUGGUUUCGAGAGUUUAGGGCCCUGUUUCUACCCCCGUCGUGCAUCCAGCCAUCCGUAUACUUCAACAAGGUCAUCAACAUCACCGGCGAAGAACGAAGCGAAGACUGCCUCUACCUCAACGUAUGGGCACCGUCGCCAAACUCAACGGGCGUGACCGAGGGACCAAAGGCCGUUAUGCUUUUCUUCCAUGGCGGGGCCUUCUUCUUUGGAAGCUCGAACUGGUAUUUUUACGACGGCUCCAAUUUGGCUGCCUUGGGCGACGUCGUGGUCGUGACUGCCAACUAUCGCCUGGGACCCUUCGGCUUCAUGAACGCGGGUACAGCAAAUUCUCCCGGAAAUCAAGGCCUCUACGACCAGAACCUUGCCAUGCGGUGGGUCAGAGACAACAUACGUUACUUCGGAGGUGACGAAGAGCAAGUUACUUUGUUCGGACAGAGCGCCGGGGCCAUUUCCAUCGGCUACCACCUCGCGUCGCCACUAAGCAAGGGGCUCUUCAAACGCGUCAUCAUGCAGAGCGGCAGUCCGUACUGGACUGUAGGGAACAGUGUGCUCGACGACACGGACCGGUUCACGCGGGCCGCGGUGAAGCUUAACUGCGCCAAACGCGGAAUGGAAGUCACUGUCAACUUUGAGUCAGUCCUUAAGUGCCUCCAAGAGAAGAACGCCACGGAGAUUCUGUCAGCGUUGGAAACCAGAAGCGGCAGGGUUCAGCUUACGUACCACCCAGGUCACGGAGACGAGUUGGUGCCAGAAGAGAUAUCCAAGGCCAUUAGAAAGGGUUUUGCCAAUGACGCUGAUCUACUCAUAGGCUCUGUUAAGGACGAGGGCAGCGUUUUUAUAGAGUAUUACUUGUCAACCGUGAUGGACUUUAUGAACAUUCACAAUAUCCAGAAAGGGUCUCUGGAGGUUUACUUUAUGUUGUUAUUUAGGUUCUUGCAUCAACCGAAGGUUCAGGAGAUUCGAGACUUCUAUCUAGAAAAUACGAGCAAUGACCCAAAAAGCUUCCUCGGGCGCGCUUCGACCGCGAUGGGUGACUUCGCGUUCUUGUGCCCCCUGAUGUACUUCGCUGAGGACUACGCCAAGAGGAACAACAGCGUCCACUUCUACGAGUUCGCCCACCGACCCAGCUACUCCUGGAACGCCGAGUGGGCCGGGGUGGCUCACUUCGAAGAAAUCCCAUUUGUGUUCGGAUACACGUUAAACAACGACAUGUUCAACAUCACGCAAGAGGAAAGAGACUUCACUCUAUUUGUCAUGUACACAUGGACGCAUUUUGCCAAGACCGGUGAAGUCCCCGAGGUGAAUGGAAAAACUUGGCCCGAAUUCAAAGCCUCCGACCCUAGUUACGCUGAACUCAAUGUUCCCAAAUCUCACAUCAAAUCACCACUGUCCGAGGAGAGGUGCGAGUUCUGGCGUUCGCGCAUCCUCAACCUAAGGAUGGCACCCUGA